CUUGCAAACAAAAAUAACUGACAAAAGAUAGAAUACAUUGGCAUUUUGUACGAUGCAAAACAUCCAGACCAUCACGGCUUCGCGCUGCUCAUUUGUCGGCGUAGAGCUGAUAGCCAGGGCCCUGUGGUUGCGUCAACUCCGCGUCACCGUUCCUCACAGCAAGAGUACAUUAUGACACGAACAAUUGUCUACACAGAAGCUACACACGAGAAGUGGAGGUUGGUGGCCGAGAGCAGCAAGUUGUACUUUAGCAUCACUCCUGCACUACAAGAAUUUUCAAAAGACUUGGAGUGGCAGAUGGAAGACAUGACGGCGAUGCUUAGUCUAGGGGAUGAGAGACUAUGUGCUGGCAAGGACGAGGACGGGAAAGAUGAUGGAAGCAGAAAGCGUAAGAGGUAAAGAGUGUGUUGCAGACGGAGCUAUCACGGUGAAAUGAUGUGCGGUUUAGCGAAGCGAGCGGAUAGCAUGGAAUAGACCUGGAAUGUCUAUGCGCUAUGGUGUCAUAGAGUGCACGGCAACG